AGAGGAAAACGACUGUUGCUAUGAAAAAAAGGGAAAGUUAAGGAAAACAGUCUGGAAGAAACCAUUUCUGUGACUGCCUGAGUGUGAGGAGCCCACCCCACCUCAGCUGUAGUGAGGAGAGCCCAGCCCAGGCAGCCAGCAACCAGCGCGUCUGUGCCUACCAAUCGGCAUGCUCGGCUCAGGCGGUGUGCAGUGCUCUUCAGUCUCAGCAGCUGAAGCUGGGCGCAGGGGAACUGCGACGGCCGCGCCAAGCAUCUUCUCAGUGAUGGCUGCUGCUGAGCAACCGGGCUCCAGCUUCCACCAGCAGCACUGCGCAUAAGGCAACACACCCACCUUUGCCCUCCUGCCCUGAAGUGAGAGCGUUGCUAUCAUGUACAGCGUGGAGGACCUCCUCAUUUCACACGGAUACAAACUGCCCAAGAGCGGCCCUCCGUCUGCCACGCCUUAUGAAAAGCGCCCCGCCGACGGCCAGCGCGAACUUGUGGACAACAGGGCGGGCCGGGGGACUCUGAACGGGAACGAGGCAGAGAGGGGGGCGUCCAUCACAGGCAUCUACGGCAGCAGGCAGGUGCUGGUGAAGGCCUACCCCACCGACAACGAGAGCGCGGAAAGGAACCAGAGGAGAAAAGAAGCCGGCAUCGGUAUCCUAGGUGACGCUCAGCCCUUGGGUGAUUCUCUCGCCACAGAUAGUGGAUUCUACGAUGUUCCCAGUUUGACUUAUUCGGAACCUCUGAGCUACGAUGAGAGGGAUCUUUCCUAUUGGCGGAGGCGAGGUCAAGACUUCAGCAUCCUUUUGGACUAUGCUGAUGGCAGGGAGCUAAGGGCUUCCGCUGGAGCCUGGAGGCCACAGGCCCUGAUCACUGCAGAGGAAUACAGAGCCGAGAGGCAAGCGCAGCAGCUAUGGGAGGAUCUUUCCUGGUUAAGGGAUCCAGAAGCAGGCCCUGGUCAGCUCAGGGUGACUGGGGAAAGGAAGUGCCAAAGUCUUGGUACAGAGGACUGGAGGCCUGCUGUUGGUCUGGGGAGGCAGCUGUCAGAUGGGGACGGCGAAAGGUGGGCCAGAGACCAGUAUCGUCUAAGGACACCUGAGGGUUUCUUUCAUCCUAGAACUAAAACAAAGUCUCAGUCUCUCCCCAGAGUUUUGUCACCUGAUGGAACUGACAGUAGAGAGCUCAUUCCAUCAAGACCUAGCUUACCGGAUAGACAGAGAUUAAGCAGCACUGUUUUCUCUGGACCCUACAGCCGGUAUGUUUAUGGUGGUGUAAGGGACAGGUGGAGUAGGAAUGCUGGGCCAAGUAGCCAUGUUGCACUUUUACCAAAGCCCAGGUUCAGCCGGCCUUUAAAGCCUCCUUCAUAUGAGAUUCACCAGCAGACCAGGGGUAGCGCUGAAAUGCUUGCUAUAGACCAGGGUGCCAAACAAAAGGACAGAUCUAUAUACUACUCAAGGGGGAUGGAUUUGCGGCAAGACUAUUUCGCACAACACUCUGCCAUCUCUGGAAUGGAGCCACCUGGCUACAUCCCACCCCCCUCCUAUAAAAGAGCACCACCCCCAAGAGCAGUUACUAUCAACCGCAAUGAACUGGCAAACUUUAGAUGGAGAGCUGAAGCUUUGCAGAUGUCUAGCUCUGAUCCUGGAAGGUGGUUUUCCAGGCAAGGGAGUGGCUCAUGGUUGGAAUAUUAUGGAGAGCGCGCUGCAUCCUAUAGAAAACAGGUUCAUUCUGGGCCUGAAGAAGAAACAGGUCAUACUCGUCAACUACCCAUUGAAGAACCAAGGGUGAAGCAAAUCUCAGGAGGGCCUAGCGGAACUUCUCUAACCGACUCAGACAAAAUCCAUAACAUCAACAAAGAGAUUCCAUCCGCUAAGACUUUAGGACAAUCUACACAUGAUAGUGCCUUUCCUUCCCAACAGCAGCCAGCUCCCAAUACCGAAACACGCAAAGCAGCUCCCAGCGACAACGACACCAGUAAUCGAUGGUGCAACAAGGUCAUUAUCAAGAAGAGUAACAGUGUAGGUCCUGAACAAAACCGUAGUCAAUUUCUUCCCUCUUCAAUUCUUGGUAAACCUCCACCACCACCGUGUAAGCUGCCAGACCAGGGUGUCUCUGAAACUGUGACAGAGGUAAAGAAAGUGGAACAACCAGAACCACAAGAGAAAGACAAAUCUAAGAAUCUAAAAAAGAGACUUAGUGAAACUAUCUUCUGUUUGGUGUCUGUCCCUGCGACACCGCAGCUCACUGGGACAAUUCGUGAUCAGAAUAACAACAACGAGAAGUCGCCAGAUCCAGCAGGCAGUCCGAGUGACAACAAAACAGGCCAUUUAACAAACCAAAGUCUCCAAAGCACAUCUUCAGCGGAAGCUGAACUGCAAGCACUAACUGGUAGCAUAGCAAGCAGCAAAGCGAGCAGUAGAGCAAGCAGCAAAAUGUUUAAAAAAUUACCCUGUAGACCACCUAAAAUAAAUCAUUACAAGGAGCUCAAACUCUCUGGAUCCUGGCCUGCAAAUCAGUAUAGAGACCAGGAGACUCAAACUAGCCCAGAGGCCGAAAAACCCACUUCUGAAAACAAGGAAGCACAACAAGAACCUGCCCCUCCUGGCACUGAGGUUGCUUCUGACAACAGCGCUGUAGUGGGCACUGCCUUUAGUUUUCCCAUACAAGGUGUUAAAAGUCUUAAAUUGUCAAGCAACAGCGCCUUCUCUCUAACCUCCACCUUCUCCAGCCAGCUGAACAAGAGCACAGUUCAGCAACAAACAGUCCCACCUUCAGGAAAUGCGGAGGAGGCAAAACCAACAGCCAGCAGCGGGCAAGAGGCUUUUGAACAACUUCGACUAAAGCCAACCACACAACGACCAUGGGAUGCUGUCAAGGAGCUAGAGAUGAUUCAGAAGGAAGUUCAAGAGGAACAGCAGCAUCAGAUGAACAAGCAACCCAGUGUAGACAAGUGCAUAGAGGAUCUUAAUGAGGCCUACAAAGACAUCUUAGAGCUAGGCACUGCCGGCAAUAAAGUCUCAAACGGUUCAGUCCAAAUUCCUGAACGUAUCAAAAUUCGACUAACAUCAGAACCUCUCAACAAGCCCAGCAGCCUUAGACGCAGUGCAGUAAGCUGGUCUGUUGACCCAGAAUACAGAGAAAUCAAGAGUGCUUUCUCCAGGCCAGCAACAAAGUCAGUAACAUUUAGCAAGCAGCUUAGAGAAGAACUUCCAGUCCCACCAAGGGAGACAGGCUUCAGAGAAUACAGGGUUGUUGCUCAUCUUUCGCGUAGACGGAGCAACGAUGGCAGGACAGUGAAACUUGACCUGCCAGAUGAGCCCAUUGAGACACCACUUUGUGACUUCAGCCCAACCAUGCGGACCACAGCAGCUGAGGUACCAUGGGCAGAUCGACAGCCCAUGCAAGAUGCCUCUACCCUUACUAGUCCUCCAGAUUACGAGGACAUUUGUCAGGCUUUGCGUCAGUCUAAAGAUCCAGCAGACAAUAGAGGUUCUGCUGGCCUUUCCAGAUCUAACGACUCAGAGCUCCUUCAAGACCUCAGUGCUAACUCUGAGGAAGAUUGCCCCAUUUGCAAAAGAGAGCUUGAGAAUCAAAUGAGACAGGGUCCAUUGCCACCACUUCAUGAGGAGAACAGCUCGGACAGCUCAGCCAAUCAAAAUGGCAGUCCGCCACAAUGUGCUGCAUUGGCGAGUCCAGCAGAAAACUUAAAAAUGGAGGAGCCAAGUGACUCUAAUUUGAGCCAGUCAGGGUCAGAGCAGGGUGCUGAAACAAAAGAGCAGCAUUCACUAAAACAAGAAGGAACUGGUGAGAAAUCAGGUGAUUCUGAAAUGGAAAACGUUGAUAUCUCAUCUAAUCCUGCAGAGAGCCUACCAGCAAAUGAAGCUACAAAGGACCUUUUAUAUACAUCCUUAAGUUUAGAAACUGAUCUAGCUGCAGAACCCCAAGUUGCAGAUGAUCAAAGUGUUAAUGAAACUGUCACAGAAGACGUUGAGCUCAACAAGCAGAAAGCAGAUGAAGGAGGAGCAGCCGAAGGUAGUGCAAGCCAAACGACAACUGACAUGGAAAGUGAGUUGGAGGAAUGUACAACACCAGAUGACAAGCAGGAGCAAGAAAAGAGGACAUUUGCUGUUUCAGACCAUCGGGUUGUCCUACGAACUCACCUGGGGAGGGACAUUCCAAGUUUACCAGAGUUUCCACCAGAAAGACUGCCUCUUUCCGUCCCUCCAAACCUCGACAGAAGAUUAUCUCUGAGCUUGGAGGGAGAAAGGAGGACCAAAGGGCCUUCCCACCGAAUCGAGGCGCUGCAGAACAAGCUGGCAAUUUCCCCAGGUCGUGUGGCUGUUGAACGACUGGCCAGGAUGAGAGAGGUGGAUGUCAUUUGCCGUGUGAGACGCUUGAGCAUCAGGAGUACUGACUCUGGGGAUGGGGAGGCAGAAGGGGAGAAUAAGGAAGUGGAGGACCUGCAUCCUGAGCCUCCUGUAGACACAGAGAACAAUCAAGACAGCACUCCUUUCCAGCAGGUCGCAGUGGAGACAGUGAUGCUAGAUGAGAAGAAGUCAUUGCUCUCAGAGCCCCAUGACCCCAGUCCAGGGAAGACAGUGUAGAAAAACCUCGUCCAUCAUCUCCAUCUGAGGGUUUUAGCUCCAACACUGUGACCUGGCCACCUCCUAGAAUGCCUUCAUCUCAUCUUGACACUGAAAUGGCCUUCUUGUCCGACAAGAGCAUUGUGUACACCUUCACCCUCGGCGCUGCAUUGACUACUAAGAGUGCUGUUCCACUGCCAAAGGGAGUCCCUAUUAACCACCUCCGCCUUUCCAAACUGACUUCCCGCCUCCCCUUCUGCUCUUGCCCAACCCAUCCUCCUAUAAGGUUUCUACUCGUUAGUCCUCUUGUAGCGGCUUGUCUUUUUCUAUUCUCCCCCCUUCCCCUCCAUGCUUUUCUCAUUGGCACACAUUAUGCAAUUCUGUCAUGCAUACUAGAGCUUCUGUCCAUAGCGAUAAAGCUGUUUGGCAUUCUAAACAAACAUGUUUGUUUACGAAGGGAGCCGUUAAGGAUAUGAAUGUAAAUGUUUCUUUUAAAGCUUUUAUAGAUGUAGAAAGGUUUUUGCCACAAACCUGUUAUGUUGCAUUUAAACUACACCAAAUCAAACUGCGUACCUGAUUGUGUUAAGACAACAGCAGUUUUAGAACUGGACAUCACUGUCUUUGGCUAAAGAACUGUUUUGAUUUUCAGAUGAGGUAAAUGCGCCUUUUUUUUAAAAGCCAUCAUCCCGUUUCUCAUUGCUUUUGUACACACUGCAAACCAUAGAUCUCUUCAGUGAAGAGCGACUCUAUACAAGAUGACAUGAUAAAGCUAUUAUAUGAUACUGGUUCUACACAGAAGAGAGAAAACUGCCUUUUUUAUGCCCAUGCGUAAUUCCUGGUCAGAUCAGGCGAGGUCUUUGAUUUGUCCCUGAUCAAUUCAAUGUAACUCUAAAAUUUCCAGGUAAUUUCAGGAAGCAAUAAAGGCACAGACUGAGUUGGUGGUCGGUAACUUUAUUUAAUAGAGGCACGUUUAGGAAUUUAGAACAAAAAAGAACAAAAAAAGAAAUGUAGAGCAAUAUUGUGGAAUAGUGGAACUACCUGUAGGAACCCUUGUGGGAAGUCUUAAUGUGAACAUGUCAUUCAGACCGUAUUACAGGGAAAUGGAGUCGUGUCAGGGUAUAUGGGCGCUUAACAUAGGGUGGGUGCUUUAUUUCAUGAUAUAUAUAUCUAUCCUCAUACAUCUGUGCUGUAAAAAAAACAUUUCACUGAAUAUUUAUUUUUGUUAUCAUCAAAUUGUUAAUCAGUUUGCAUAAUGUACAAAAUAAAAUAUAUUUUAAAUAUUUGAAGAGGAAUUUUGUAUUUAACCAUGAAGUUUUAUUUCUCCCUACUUAUAUUAAGCUGAAAGUAUCCUAUCUGUGUAUAGUAUCAUUCUGAGAGUAUACAUACUUUUUUAGUGCUUUAAAAUUUAUCAGAGCGAUAUAAGCUGGGAUGACCCUGUGGUGUGCCUUGAACACACAGUUCGAUUUCACUGAGCAAUUGGGUUCAUCGCCUUGAGAGCUGACAGCAUGGAAACUUUCUGAUUGUGCCAUAACUUUCCUAUCCGAUAGCGCUUCUUCAGAAGUUAAGACGUAAUUGUUGGACGCUCUUUGUGAUAUUUGACAUUUCCGUCCACCCUAACUGUAUUUCCUAUGUUAGUGGUCUAACACGACCUGUGUCUUUAUCUUUGUCUUUGUAUGUCUUCCAAUUCAUGUAUCGUUACGUUGUCAUGUUCAAUAAAAUUUGGAUUCUUUUCUUUUCCUUCUUCCCACCCUUUCUUAUUUCUAUCCCUCUUUCUAACCCAUUCCUUUUCUUUCUAUCUCCGUUUCUUUCAUUUCAUGGAGUUUAAGAGAAGGUCUGUUGUUGCCAACACUGACUGCACAACAGGGUAGUGUGCUAUUCUAAGCUCCAAAUCAACAACUAUUAGGGAAAGAUUAAAUAAAAUUAAAUUUUCUGUUAUGUUUCUUUUCCUCAUCUGCAGUACGGUAGGACUCUAUCAUCCAGAAUUGGUAUGUAGCAUUUUACAGUUGUAGCAUUUGAUCAACUCAGACCGUUGCAUCUGAAUCAUCUCUUGUAUAUUUGAACCAGUCAUGUCGCAUUAUGUGUGCGUUACAUCACACACACCACAAAAUGCCAAAAAUGUAUGUUCUAAGCACUGUUUCCCACCGUCAUGACUUGCUGCCACGCCUCCGGCUGGAGCAGUACAGUAGCAUUGUGGGUCUUUCAUGCUGUUUAUUCGGAAAAUGCAAAAUCUAAACUGUGAAGCUCCAAUAAAAGCAGAAGUAGGAUUUAUGAGAAGAGGACAGCAUGAGCUCCAGCGUUUGAGAUUAAUCCAGAGUCAGCAUCGCAGGGAGGAGAAGCUGGCUUGCCAACGUUACUAACACAUCUCAUCUCCAGUUCACCAUGAGUACUGGAAGGCCUUGCCUCUGGUUUUUUUUGUGCAAACUGCUCCCCCUAACAACCUUUAAAAAGCUAUUUCAGUACGCACUCACCCCUGCCCCACUCCGCUCCCAAUAAUUGGCAUGUUGGGUACACUUGAACAUAGUGUCAUUUGACUUUUUGUACUGCAGGUUAUGUGCAAACAUGAAGUAAUUAUGCACACUUGUAAUAUUUUAUAUUUUCAUAUGAGAUUUAAGUGCUUUUUGUACUCACAGACAUCUUCUUUCUUCUUUGCAUGAACUGCAAGAGGGAGGAAGAAAGAAAAUGUCUUACAUAAAGUAUAUUUGCAUUUGGUACUCCAAUAGCAAACCCGUGGGCAAAAUAUUAUGUUUCAUAAUAUCAUUUACAAAACUAUGCCAAGUAUUCAAAAGCUAUUUUUAGAGUAAUUCAAAAAGGAACACCUUCAUUUUUGUUUCUUUGAGGACAUGCCUUUAUCUUUUUAUCUAUAAAUACUAGCAUAAUCCAUGGUCAUAUGAUUGUGCUACUGUUGUAUAUUACUGCAGUCUGAUUCAUAAAUAAACUCUUUGCAUGAAA